ACCCCAGGGAGAGGACUAGAACAGAUCCAGCAGAGAACAGACACUGGAAAAAGAUGGCAGGAACCAGUUCAGGGGCCCGCUUCUACCGGCAGAUAAAAAGACACCCCGGGCUCAUCCCAAUGAUCGGCUUCAUCUGCUUGGGCAUGGGCAGCGCUGGGCUCUAUCUGCUUCGACUGGCGCUGCGUAGCCCGGAUGUCUGCUGGGACAGAAAGAACCCAGAGCCCUGGAACCGAGUGAGUCCCAAUGACCAGUACAAGUUCCUCGCUGUUUCCACUGACUACAAGAAGCUGAAGAAGGACCGGCCAGACUUCUAAGGCAGGGCCCGAGGGUGCCAUGGAAAUCACGCGCUUCUUCCAUUCGCUGUCCCAGACUCUAGCCAUGUCCAGCUUCUGCUUACAUGGGCUGGAUUCCCACGCGGAGGGGGGUGGCUCCACCCCCACCCUCCUCCUUUGCUCCCAGUAGAGGAAGAACCUCUGACCCUCAGCUUGAGUCCCACGGUGGGGGUGGGUAGUCAAAGCUGCAGGCAGAUGCUGGGGUUGACCCAAAAGGCCCAAGCUAGCCCCUCUCCACUCCUGCCCCCCCACGGCUAACUGGGCGUGGCAAGGCUACGUGUUGAACGUGACAGACGUGUGCCAACAGCAAGCAGGGGCCUGAGUGCCAAGCGACGUGGCAGGCCCCACAUUAGUGCAAGUUUUGAGCAAGGUCUAGGGGGAGUGGCUGCCCAGGCUCGACCGGGCCCAUCCUGGCUACCCAGUUUGCCUAGGAUGGAGAGCCUCUACCAGGCAGCUUGUUCCUUUCCUGCCCAAGCUGGUGCCUCCCAUCAAUGGCACCCCCUCCCACCUUGCACCUGGGCCUUCCUGUGCUUUCUCCCCACCCCUCCCUUCCCUUGCUCCUCAGUCCCUGGGGAUCAAACAGAAGCAGCCGUGGGCAAAAUACAAUUUCAUUUAACAAAUUGAAUUUGCUGCGCCUGCUAAUCACGUCUGGUGUCGGCUCUGAUCAGAGACAGAGCGGGGAGGCUACAGCCCCGGGGGUCCUUAUGGUGGUGGGAGGAAGGAGAAAUACAUGUUGAGGGA